AUGCCACUAUUUUCCUCCUCACUCCUCAAACCUUUCUCCACACCGUUGCCUCGAUACCCGCUCCAAAUCCACCGGAAAACCCUAUACUCAGUCGCGGCCGUCCAGAUGAGCUCCAAGGAGGCCAAGCUAUGGGGAGGACGGUUCGAGGCCAGCACCACCGACGCCGUCGAGAAAUUCACCGAGUCAAUCUCAUACGACAAGGCGCUCUACAAGCACGAUAUCAUGGGAAGCCGCGCGCACGCCUCCAUGCUCGCCUCUCAGGGAUUGAUUACCGAAGGCGAUAGGAACGAGAUUCUGAGAGGCCUCGAUGAGAUUGAGAGGCUGAUCGAGAGAGGGGAUUUCGCUUGGAGGACGGACAGGGAGGACGUACACAUGAACAUUGAAGCUGCGCUCACAGACCUGGUUGGCGAGCCUGCAAAGAAGCUCCACACUGCCCGGAGCAGGAACGAUCAAGUCUGCACCGACUUUCGUCUCUGGUGUCGGGACGCGAUUGAUGGGAUUGUUGCUCGUAUUAAGCAUCUUCAGCUUGAAAGGGAUGCUGGUCGUUUGCUAGACUGUCGUGUCCGAUUGAAUUUCUGUCCCUUGGGUGCCUGUGCAUUAGCUGGCACUGGUCUGCCCAUUGAUAGGUUUAUGACUUCUGAGGCUUUGGGAUUCAAUGCCCCCAUGAGAAACAGCAUUGAUGCAGUUUCAGAUCGAGAUUUUGUUCUGGAAUUCCUUUCUGCAAAUUCCAUCACAGCUGUCCAUCUCUCUCGCCUUGGUGAAGAAUGGGUAUUGUGGGCGUCUGAAGAGUUUGGCUUCAUUACCCCUAGUGAUUCUGUUUCAACUGGAAGCAGUAUAAUGCCUCAGAAAAAGAACCCUGAUCCAAUGGAACUCGUCCGGGGAAAAUCCGCUAGAGUUAUUGGGGACCUGGUUUCUCUUCUUGUGUUGUGCAAGGGUCUUCCUCAUGCUUACAACCGGGACUUACAGGAAGAUAAAGAACCUGUAUUUGACAGUGCCAAAACAAUAAGGGGUAUGCUGGAAGUUUCUACAGAAUUUGCAGAAAAUAUCACCUUUGACCAAGAGAGGAUCAGAAAUGCUCUACCGGCUGGUCAUCUUGAUGCAACAACACUCGCAGACUAUCUUGUGAAAAAGGACGUACCUUUUAGAACUUCUCAUGAUAUUGUCGGUAGAGCUGUUGCCUUGUGUGUUUCAAGAAACUGCCAACUUCAAAAUCUGACUCUUGCAGAGCUCAGAAGUAUAAGCUCAGUGUUUGACGAGGACGUUUACGAGUUUCUUGGAGUCGAAAACUCAAUAAAAAAUUUCAGUUCGUAUGGAUCCACAGGCUCUGAAUGCGUAGCCAGUCAACUCGACUACUGGGUAACCAAGUUGGAGUUGAACAGAAAAUGA